UCAAACGCGCGGACGGACCGGUUCACGUGCGGUCGCAAAUGAUAAUAAUAUUAUUCUAAUACGCGUGAAUGUCUCGGUGUUAAUUAUUUAUAUUAUUAAUAUUAAUUGUUUAAACAGUAACAAGCGCCACUCGCCGCAUCAUUGCUGUUGUGAUCACCCCGGGUCCUUUUUGUAGUUGUCGAUUUUUUUUUGAUUUUUUUUUCACAUAAUAUCCGUUCCGUGUGCGUGUCGACUUCCGAUCGGAAAUGUGAAACGCACGCCAUAUCAAACGCGAACGGUGCGAUUCGUACGUCGGUGUCGUCGUCGUAGUCGUCAUAAUUGUGCAAAAUCUAGUACUUACGUAUUUUUUAUACGGCGAGUAUACUGGAACAGCGGUUUCAGUUUUUCUUUCUCGUUGUUUUGUCUUGAUUCGAACCAUCAAGCUGGAUUUCCAGGCUAAUUCCUCCAACAUGUUCACCAGGUUCGACGCGACCAAGUCGACCAAAGGGGCGAGCAAACUUCGGAGGGACCUGAUCAACGCAGAGAUCGCAAACCUCCGGGACCUGUUACCCCUGCCGCCGUCGACGAGGCAACGGUUGUCGCAGUUGCAACUCAUGGCGCUGGUGUGUGUGUACGUCCGGAAAGCCAACUACUUUCAACAAGCAUUCAAACGUCACGAAUGUCUACACCACCAUUGCUUGCCAACGCCUAGUUACGGAUUUUCUAAGUCGCUCAGCGGAUUCUUGAUGAUGAUGACCCAAAACGGCAAGCUCCUAUACAUAUCGGAUAACGCCGCCGAAUACUUGGGCCACUCGAUGGAGGAUCUCCUCAUACACGGCGACAGCGUGUACGACAUGAUCGACAAACAAGACCAUCAGGCCGUUCAAACUGAACUGUCCAGGAGUCAAACAUCCGCCGAAGACCAAGGAUGCAAGCGCAUGUUCUUGUGCCGGAUGAACGUUUCCAGAAACGCCAGGAGGCAAAUGCGAUUCGGCGAUCAAAAGGUGGUUUUAGUGCAGGGUCACUACCUCUCCUAUCUGCCGUUGUGCAGCAGAAAUGAACCAGUUUUCCUAGCCACUUGCAGCCCGGUGGCGAUGCCCGAGACCAGGGAGGCCGUGGUCCAGGGUUCCACCACGGUGUUCACAGCCAUCCACUCGAUGGACAUGAAGUUCAUACACGUAGACAAAAUAGGAGAAUUUCAUUUGGGGUUUUCUCGUUCGGAGCUGCAGGGCGUCUCCUGGUACCAAUUGUUGCACUGGGAGUGCAUGCGCGAGGCUCAGAGCAAACACAGGCUGAUUACACAAUCAGAACAGGAUCGUUCUUGCAUACUGCUGGCCAGGGUACAGAAGAGGGCCACAGGGGACUGGCUUUGGAUACACUGCGUGUUACAGGUCAAAGACAACAUGGAAAACAGCCAACAGCCAGUCAUCGUCAGCACAAAUCAAGUACUUACGGACCAGGAGGCGGCCGUGAUGAGGGCCAACAGUUGGCUGUACCACUAUUACAUGGUGCAGAGUAAGCUCCAGUACGGUAUGCAGUUCGAAGCGCAGACGUCGCCAAGGGUACCGUCCGCCGGGCCGACGCCGGUGCAGCCGGGCGUGCCCCCACCGACGGCGGCGCCCGUUUACGCUUACCAUCACCAACAGUCACCGCACCAGCAGGACGGCGGUUACCCGUCCUCGGCGGACCACCAGCACCACCAACACCAUCAACAGCACCAACAGCAGCAGCAGCAGCAACAACAACAGCAACAGCCGGUGCACUUUCACCAGUUGCCGGACGGAUACUUCCGGUACGCCGCGGCAGCCUCGCCGACAGCGGGAGCCGCAGCGACGGCGGCUGCGACGACGGCUACGGCGACGACGACCGCGGUGGCCGCGAAACGGCACAGGCUGGAACCCGAACCCGUCGACUAUUCCAUACAUUCACCCGAGCAGACGCCGCCGUUGAAGAUAGAGGAUGGCGGCCACUCGAUGGCGUCCGAUUCGACGCCGUCGCCACCUUCGAUGGGCGGUGGCGGCGAUUCCGGUGGCGGUUGCGCCACAGCCACGGUGGCCGCGCUGUCGUCGUCUCUGCCGUCGGCCACGUCGCUGGGCCGUUCCCGGGCACUGGUCAAGGCGGCCAUGGAUCCCGGAGACCUGAUGAUGGAAACGUGGAAUCCCAGUCCACCGUGGUCGGACUGCUGUUCCGGGGCCGGCGCCCUGCAAAAGGUGCCCGAUGUGGACAUGCUCGGCGGCGGCGGUGGCGGCGGUGGUAGUUACUGCGGGCAGCCGACGCCUCCCACGCCCGGGAGCGGCGGUUCGUACCACGCGUCGUCUGGCGCACCGCAGCAACACCACAACCAUCACCAUCAUUACCACCCGGGUGGCUGCGAUGAAGUGCCCAACGCCGACACGCUUCAUCACCACCAUCAUCACCACCAUCACCAGCCGUCCACGUUCACGUUCGACUGGCCUGGCGAACAGUACGUACCCAACGUGCACGAGGUGCUCGUCGAGCCCACCCCGCACUAUAUAGUGCCGUUCCCACCUUGGCCGCACGCAGCUGCCCCUGACCACCACAGGCUGUUCCCUCUCCAACCACCACCUCCCGGCUCUCUGAACAGGCCGUCGCUCAUCGUGCGCGUCGACCAAGACGCCGCGGCCGCCGACGCUUCUAUCCAAGACGGACGUCGUGAAAGCGACAUGUGACGAGCGGACCCGAGGACUGCAACAACGAGGGAUCGUCGCCGACCUUGUGGGACCACCGCCGCGCAGUGCUAAUUUUUCGCCUCAUCCGCGAAACCAUAAAAUCACGAAGUUUUUUAUUCCCCUCUCGGCAAAAUGUACAUAAUAAUAUACGCCGAGGCGAUAAUAUUAUAUCGUACAAAAGAUAAUGACUCUCAAAUGCAGCCGACCAUCAUACCUGUACCCACCAGAAAUAUAUUAUUAUUAUCGUAUGGUUCGCGUAUAUACUUGGCGUAUAUUAGCGGUGCCCUACUCCUUGUACAUAAUAUAUAACUGCAUUCUGUGUAGUAUACGUGUCACAUACAGGGUGAUUCUUUUAAUGCGAAUUCUUAGGAAUUACAUAAAAAAACAUAGAAGUACGCGAGAAACGUAUAACUGCAGUACCUACUUUUAUGCAGUUAUAUGCACUCUGAGAAAAAAAAAUACAUCAUUUUUAAUUCCUUAUAUUUCCCUUAUAUUUCCCUAUACCUUGUUGUUACACCUGUUCGCAAUAAAAAAAUCAUUUUUCCCGUAAACGAGAGAUAUUACGGAAAUCGAUCUGUCCGGUGAAUACGUUAAUGGGUAAGUUUAGCAAAUUGUAUUAUAACAUAUUUUUAUAUUAUUAUCUUUUUAGAGUCCUCGAGUACUUGCGUGUAUGGACCACGUGACUCGCAUUGUAAUAUUAAAUUGUACAGACUUAUAGCGUUUAUUGUAAAAAGCAUAUUGACGGUCUGUUCGGUCCUCAUAUUUUACAUACCUACAUAAUAUUAUAUUAUAUUUAUAAACCAAGCUGCGCCUGUGAUCUCUGUUUUUAGACGAUUUUCGUAGGAAAAGCCUAACAGUGUAAUGUAUAUAUCGUAUCGUAUAAUCAUACGUAUAGGUAAUAUAAUUGUUUAGUUAAUUAUUAUUAAGUAUAUGAAUUAUUUACUAUAGUAUUAGGUAACGGCGUCGUCGUCGUGUUACAAUGUAUAUAUAGUUUCAACUGAACCGUUUCCCGUCCAUAUUAUAUUCUUGUUUUAUUAUUUUUAUCAUUAAGUA